GAGCCCCGCGGCGCAACUGGUGCAAGCGCCUGCUCUUCGCCUCGCCGUCCGCGCCAGCUCGCGGCCGCCGGGGGCCGGGGCUUUGCAAGGCGCCGGCCUGUUUGCAGAAAGCCGGGUAUUUGCAUGAAGCGACUGGACCCCGCCGAGCAGCGGCUGCAGCGGCGCACCCGGGCAGCGGCGGCGGCGCGCGGUCCGAGCCAGGCGGCCCCGCUCUCCGGGCCCCGGUGGAUGCGUGGCCUGGGAGGAGCCCAUGGGCCGGAGCUGAGGCUGCCCGGGGCGUCGGGGCGAGCGGCGAGGGGCGCGGUCGAGGCCCGGAGGCGGCGGCGCAGGAGGAAGAGGAGGAGGUCGGGCACGCCGCGCUCGGGAGGCGGCCAGCGCAGCGCCGCCGCCUUCGCUGCCGCAGCCCCGGGUUCGUCAUGCUCCUGGCCUCGGCCGUGGUGGUCUGGGAAUGGCUGAACGAGCACGGCCGCUGGCGUCCCUACAGCCCGGCCGUGAGCCACCACAUCGAGGCGGUGGUCCGUGCCGGCCCCCGCGCCGGGGGCAGCGUGGUGCUGGGCCAGGUGGACAGCCGGCUUGCGCCCUACAUCAUCGAUCUGCAGUCCAUGAACCAGUUCCGACAAGACACGGGGACCCUCCGCCCAGUUCGCCGCAAUUACUACGACCCAUCCUCGGCCCCUGGGAAGGGCGUGGUGUGGGAGUGGGAGAACGACAAUGGCUCUUGGACGCCCUACGACAUGGAGGUGGGCAUCACCAUUCAACACGCCUACGAGAAGCAGCACCCCUGGAUCGACCUCACGUCCAUCGGCUUUAGCUACGUCAUCGACUUCAGCACCAUGGGCCAGAUCAACCGGCAGACGCAGCGCCAGCGCCGUGUCCGCCGCCGUCUGGAUCUCAUCUACCCCAUGGUCACUGGCACCUUGCCUAAGGCUCAGUCCUGGCCAGUCAGUCCUGGCCAGCCAGCCUCCUCACCCCCUGCGCCACCCUGCUCCUGUCCACAGUGUGUCUUGGUGAGGAGUGUUAAGGCGGCUGUGACCAACGGAAGCACUGGGCCCCCCCAACACCCUGCAGCCCGCAAAAACAUACCCCCCUCUGGAGUAGCCAAGCUGUCUUCACCACCAGGCCCUGGAGCCAAGCUACCGGACAGCACAGGUACCAUUCGAGGCCCAGUAAAGACCGCUCCACCGCAGGUGAUCCGGCGACAAGCCUCCAACACACCAGCUGGGGCAACUGCGGGCUCUCCCGCCAGCCCCCCGGGAGCAAACAGCAGGACAGGAAGGGCAGCCUUGGCCACCUUGAAUCGUACCAACCUGCAGCGACUGGCUGUCGCCCAGUCCCGCGUACUGAUCGCCUCCGGGGUUCCCACCAUCCCAGUGAAGAAUUUAAAUGGGACCAGUCCUGUCAAUCCCGCCCUGGCAGGCAUCACCGGGAUCCUCAUGAGUGCAGCAGGGCUGCCUGUAUGCCUCACCAGGCCACCAAAGCUGGUCCUGCACCCACCCCCCGUGAGCAAGAGCGAAAUCAAGUCCAUUCCAGGGGUUUCCAACACAAGCCGCAAGACGACCAAAAAGCAAGCCAAGAAAGGUAAAACUCCAGAAGAAGUGCUGAAGAAGUACCUGCAGAAGGUCCGGCACCCACCUGAUGAGGACUGCACUAUCUGUAUGGAGCGCCUCACAGCCCCCUCAGGCUACAAGGGUCCUCAGCCUACAGUCAAGCCUGACCUGGUGGGCAAGCUGUCCAGGUGUGGCCACAUAUAUCACAUCUACUGCCUGGUCGCCAUGUACAACAAUGGGAACAAGGAUGGAAGUCUGCAGUGUCCAACCUGCAAGACCAUCUAUGGGGUGAAGACAGGCACCCAGCCUCCUGGGAAGAUGGAGUACCACCUGAUCCCGCACUCCUUGCCAGGCCACCCAGACUGCAAAACCAUCCGCAUCAUCUACAGCAUCCCCCCUGGCAUUCAGGGGCCAGAGCAUCCAAAUCCUGGGAAGAGUUUCAGUGCCCGUGGCUUCCCACGACACUGUUACCUUCCAGACAGCGAGAAAGGGAGAAAGGUUCUCAAGCUGCUGCUUGUGGCCUGGGAUCGCCGCCUCAUCUUCGCCAUCGGUACUUCUAGCACCACGGGGGAAUCAGAUACCGUCAUCUGGAAUGAGGUCCACCACAAGACAGAGUUUGGCUCUAACCUCACUGGCCACGGUUACCCAGAUGCCAAUUACCUGGAUAACGUGCUGGCUGAACUGGCUGCCCAGGGCAUUUCUGAGGACAGUACUGCCCAGGAGAAGGACUGAAGCUGGAAAACUCUUGAAGUAGGAGGGGGCCAUGGAGGGCACACAGGGAGGAGGGUCUAGGUGCCAUUUGGUACCAUGGCCUCUCAAUACCCACUUCUCCCCUUCUGUCUUGUCUCUAGCCCUCACCCCUCUCAGUCCAGCAACCAGGGGGAGAUAGACUGAAUACAGUGUUGUCAUUCAUGAACCCCAUCCAAUACAAAGGGGGCAUGAGAUGAAGGCCAUGCUGGGUUGGUUCCCAUGGAGUUGGUGGUGCUGGGUAGGAAGUAAGCCUCACCCCCUCCACAUGCCCCAAGCAAGGGCAUGGUCAGCACACACAGGGGACAGACCAUGCAAGGGCACUCCACACCCCAGCCUACGAGACCCAAGGCUCCUGGCCUCAGCUAGCUUUCUUGCUGCUUCCACUCCACAUGAGAGUGGAGUUUCACUUUUCUCUCCUCCACAGGAGGCAGGGAGCUCUCACUGUGCAAGGUUGGGGAAUGAAGGGGUGAAACACUCACCUGUUGUAACGUCAGAAGUCAGAUGCCUCGGUGUAGAGUGAGGAAGCUGUUCCUGCUGUGAGGGUCAGAAACCUCUGGAAGCCGGAUCAACUCUCAUCAUGGUCCUUGGGCUUCUCCAGACCCUCCCCUCCUCCUCACACCUCUGAGGUGGUUGGGCUCUGGGAUGCCUCUCUGGGUUGGCAUUCCACAAUGCUGUUUCUAGCCCCUCUCUGAUCAAACCAGAGCCUACAUCCAUUGAGCAUCUGAACUGUCCUCAGGGAGAGGAGCCUGUAGCCUUCUUCCCAACGCAUCCCAGACCAGCUCAAAGAUUCCAUGAGUUUCAUCAAGUCACUGUGACUGGAGCCCAUACUGGGCUCUGUGCCAUCUGUGUAUGUGUGUGGGUGUGGCAGAGCCCCAUCACAGUCCUCAUUCUGUCUUGCAUGAUGCCAGACUCUGGUUCUGAGAAGGAUUGAGCAGUUGAGUUGUGGUCUCUUUGUCCACUCCAUCCCAUCAUAAGCUUAAACCUGGCGGAUACAGGACUGUGCUGGAGGAGAUGUGAUGAGGUGAUGGGACUGGAUCAGAGCUAAUUCCACCCAGUCCUUUUUACCAUGACUUUGAUGUCUCUCCAUCCAGCUUUGCUCAUUAAAGCCCAGAGAUGGUGCUGGGCUCCAUAAUCUAUUACACACUGACUUGGAGCAAACAGGAAGCCUUGUUAGCCCAUUUCUAACUGGUUGCAGUUCCAUUAUGAUUUGGUCCAGGUUGUAUCUUCAUUGUGUCCCCAGGCCCUAAUUCCUCCCACAUAUGCCUCUUGCCUCUGAUUCUCCUUAAAGAAGAAAUUGGGGAUCAGAAAGGAUCAAGAAGGGAAACCCAACUGCCCCUUUGAUAGUGGGUUCUUUGAGCUAUGUGUCUGGGGAAAGUUCCUCUGGAUGCUCAUUUGAAUUUAUAUACCUCAUGUUCUGGAGGUUUAACGUAUAUAUAUGCAUAUGUGUUUCAUAGUAUUUGAAAUGAUUUUGAUGCUAGAAAAAUUAAAGCAAAGGAACCUUCAAAAUGGUACUGGUGUUACAAUGGGAGGCCAACUUCCUGUUGGGCUGAUGGCUCUUCUGGCCCUGGUGUGGCAGUGCCUUCACCGGAGGAUCACCCUGUUCUGGAGGACAGGACACAGGGGUGUUGAGCCUUCUCUCACUCUAAUGGGCUGUUUAUUGACUGUACAAGAGGGAGCUUCGUUAGGAGGAACCAUUCCUUCACCAGCAAACCAGUACCCAGAUCCUGAGCUCCCUGCACCAUGGGGCAAUUUCUGGCCACAAUUGACAAGGAAACAUCUGAAUCGAGUGGAAGAGGCAUUCCUAUGGUGCUUGAUGCCACGACCACAUCCUUGGCCAGCUUAUCAAGUGUCGAAGAUUGCUGGAGAGCCUCGAGGUAGGCUUAGUAUCAUGCCUAUCUUCAACACUCCUGGCUAGAAAAAAAAAAAAAAAAAACAACGAGGCACUAGGACGUGGGGAAGGGAAGAAAACACACAUUGACUGCUAGAAACAGAGCCUGGGGGAGUGGCUGGCUCCUCUGCAUCAGCAGAAGAAGGCACAGGUGGGGAAGGAGCAGCCAAAAGAGACUGUGUCGGAGGGUCCGUGCAGCAGUGGUCCUAACCACUUUGAGAGUUUGUCUUCAUGUUUCCAAUCUUUCUGGGGUGUGGAUUGUGUCUGCGCCCUGUUCUCUCCCUGUCUGGGCAUGCUCAGUAGGAGCUACCUCAUCCUUGUGGCACUGUCCCUGUGGGACCUGUUAUACGGAAGAGAUCCACAAUUCCCUCCCAACACUGGGCUGGGCAAAGGGCAUAUUUUGUUCCUUCUCUCGUGCCUGCCUGGAAAGGUGUGGUCUUAGUUUCAGCUAGAAUGCCACCAG